AUGGCGACCACGACUCCCGACAUCCUGACAACUGCCAUGGCUACGAUGAAACCAAAACUCAUCACAAGGCCCUUCAACGCCGGAAAACCCGCGCUUUGGUUCGCGCAGCUGGAGAGGCAGUUAGUUGACCUGGGAAUUGUCACCGAGACAGAUAAGUACAAUAAAAAGGUACCUCUGAUCGAUACAAUUUAUACUGCAGAAGACGUGGAUUUAAUUAUCUCCAGACCUGUAACAAAUCCAUACCAAACCCUAAAAUCAGAGCUAAUUAGAUGUUUUACAACAUCUAGGACUGCUAAUCUCAUCCAAGCACCCGACAAAGAGAGUAUUGGAGACCGCUCUCCAUCAAAACAUCUCAGACACUUGAAAAGUUUCGUUCCAGGUAUUGACGACGAGAUCCUCAAGACGCGUUGGUUGUCUCACCUCCCCGAGCAGACGAGAGCUAUGCUCGCCGCCCAGGAGAAUGCUUCUAUCGAGGACCUUGCCACGCUAGCAGACAGGGUGCACGAUGUUUUCAACCUGAACAGCGUCACAUCCAUCACCAGCUCAACAAGCAACACAACCGGCAACAAGCUCCUGGAACGACUCGAGCAGCUGACGGCAACCGUUGCUGCAAUGCAGAUGCGUGACUCACGCUCCCGCGAACGCCUAAACGACUCGCGUGGCCACAGCAGCAACUCCAGACGCAGACACUAA